GGGUUUUUUUUUUUCUGGCAGCAUCGCUGGUACUACCACCCUGUCCUGCCGGAGGGCGACGCUGGGAGCUAUGAUGAUGAGGACGACGAUGUCGAUCACGCCAGCACGACCGUGACCGCCGGCCGUACCGAGAGAGCGUCUGGUGCCCCAUUGCCCCCAAGUGGACUCGCUCCCAAAGACAAGGGGGGGUGGCCGCUCCCGUAAGAAGCAGAACGUGCUGGGGAAUGACCAGACCAGCAUCCCGAUGCACUUUCACAACAAGCAAUAAACAGCCGUUGCCACGCACAAACACCCAGCAGCCCCCCGUUUUUAUGGGUGUUUUGCGUUUGUUUUUUUAUUUCCAUAUUUGGCGUGCGUAUCGGGCUUAUGGGUACCACGCCGGGUGACAAAUGCUAAUAAUUAUUUUCCUGAAGCAGGUUAUCUCUCGAUCACAAAUCUAUAGGAUAGCAAGGUCAAAGUAGUAGCUCUGCAUGAAAACAAUUGUUAAUGAUUUCUAGAGAUUAUGAGUUUUUGAAGAUACAAUUCAUCCUGAAUAUGCAAAUAUAUACUAAGUGUGCGUGUGUGUAUAGAAGUGUAUACUGUAUAUAACGCCUUAAACCCAGGGGUAGAUACUGUCUAUGGUGGAUACUGGUAGCAAGACGACGAUGGACGGAAUUCUGUCUCGUUUGCUGCUUCGUUCCAUUCGCCCGAAUCUUGCUUUUCAUCACAAAGUGAAAUUUUAUUUCCAAAAGAACCCCUCCAUGACUUUAUCUGCCUAUGUAUUACCAAAAUAUGCCUUGUCAACAGUGUACGUCGUAUCUGAUAUUACAUAGUACAGAAAAAUCAUGUCCAUCAUGGAGAUGGAGCCAUGAGAUUUGCUCAUGUGGAACGGUGAGAUCGACUGCGGUAUCAUCAAUGUUUUCCUUCCAAAUGAAUGAAUAAUAAACAUGAAUGGGUUCUCAUCUCGAUAAAGACACGAGGAUGCACAGCAGCAAGCUGAUCAUCAUUAUUGCCAAUGCUCAAAUUCGCCUUUGGAUUUGACCUUUAAAGUGAGACAUAUUGGGCUCACACACUCAUGUGUACAAUCGACCCGAAUGUACUGGAUGAAGGGAUUUGGCCUUCCUUUGAAGUGGUGGGAUGUCACCCCAAAGCGUUCAGUCUUUUUUCUUUUUUCCCCCUGGCAUUUCACACGAGCAAAUAUUACCCGUUGGUUAUAUUUUGUGGACACCUACAUGCGAAUGUCACGCAACAUGGACGCAUUUGCGGUCACGAUCUUCUUGCCCGUGGGCUUCGGGAACAUAAUUUUGACAGCGGCAAGAGAGCUUGACGUCGGCAGCGGUGGAAAUGAAGGUGGCGAGAGUCAAGGGGGCCGCAUUUAGGAGGAUUUUGCCGAUGGAGAGGGCAACCGUAAACGUGCCACUGUGCGUGGGAGAGACGGACUCCGACUCGGACAGCCGUUCGUCGUCACCGCUGAACGUGCGGAUGGUGCCCAUGUGGCGUUGGGACUCGGUGCGAGCAGCCGCUGGAGUCGCGUGCAGAAUCUGCCACUGUGAGGGAGAUGAGGAAGGCCCUCUCACCGCACCGUGCCAGUGCACGGGCUCGCUGCAGUUUGUCCACCAGGCGUGCCUGCAACAGUGGAUCAAGAGCUCGGGCGCGAGCUGUUGCGAGCUAUGCAACUACAGCUUCGUCAUGGAGACCACGCUGAAACCCCUGCGCAAAUGGGAGAAGCUGCAGAUGACAGCACGGGACAUGAGAAAGCUCACGUUUUCGGUCGUGGUCCACGUCGUAGCCAUCGUGUGCGUGGUGUGGUCGCUCUACAUUCUCGUCUCCCGAACGGCAGAGGAGAUUCGCCAGGCGCAGCACAGUGGUGUGCUGGAGUGGCCAUUCUGGACCAAGCUGGCCGUGGUUGCCAUCGGGUUCACGGGCGGAACGGUCUUCAUGUACGUGCAGUGCAAGGUCUACGUACGCAUGUGGCGACGCCUCAAGGCUUACAAUCGCAUCAUCCACGUGCGCAGCUGCCCCGAGGCUCUGGCCGAAGAGCUGCUGUCAAGGAGAAAUCUGUCCACGUCGUCACCCGCCCGGGGCCUCCAACAGAACCCACCCAACGGCAAAGAAACGGAGGCCGAUGCCCUCGCCGUAGAAACCCACGUGACCCGCUGCGUUGACAAAGGGAAAUGCAAUGCGGAGAAUACAUCCGAAUGAAAGUCACAGCGCUGUCCCCGUCAGUUUUCCCAAACGGUUCGCGAUUGCUUUUAGAAAGCGCUACCAGUACCACACACCCAGAAUUUUAUGCGCGUGGUCAGACGGACCGAAUUUACCUGGAAUUCUGGAAGUUCCAUAAAAUGGCGGUUCCAUCACUGGCCGAAUGCCAGCACUGCUAAACGCUUGCUUGCUAGUGGGGGCAUUUUACCUUUGAUAGUUAAUGUUUUGUUUUAGAUAAUGUGAAGAGGUCCACAUUAGGGGUUUUGUGUGCGAUGUCAAGGAUUCAGACAAACCAAUGCGAUAGGCGGGCGGUGGUGGCGCACGCUUGUACCUCGGCGCCGCGGAAGGCGAGGGUUUCGUGUAUCACACAAACGUUGUGAAACUUUCCUACCCAUGGGUGUUGAGGAGCCGUACCCUUGCUUGCCAGAAGGAGGUGCAGCAAAAAUGUGAACUCCAUCUGUUCCAUCUGUACGGACCGAUGUUUCCACUUCCCACGGUUGAGUUUUCUCCAGGUACUACGGUUUCAUUAAUUGGGAGUAGAGUUUGGACAAUUGCUGGUGUCCGGCUCAAUGCGUGGCAGCCGAGCUGCUCGUCUUCGGCUCCUCGUGCCUCCCAGUUUGUCCUCGCUCUUUCACAGCGAGCGACAAAUUAAUUUGAAUUACACGUUCACGCGCAGUUUGUGUCAAAAGUUUGUUUGAGCAAGAUGGUUGUGAGAACCUGCAUUUUGAUACGGGGGUCCUCCAAUAUACGUCGGCAUUAUGGACUGGAAAUUUGCUACUUAUAACGAAACGAUGUACAACGGGGAAUUUCCCCCCAUAACGGGAAAUGGGGGGCGGGGGGAUAGCGACUGUAAGAGCAUCAACAUUGCCUAUGCGACGCAAAGCGGGCCAAUGUCUCCCAUAAGAAACAAUAGAAUAAGGUUGGGAUAGGGACCAUAACUUAGGGUUUAUUGUUACAUACCUAGCAACCAAAAUAUGUACUAUCUUGUACAACACACAAUGCACAGAUAUUUAUAACCAAUUCUGAGUUCAAGAACCUUGAAACAGAACGUAUACUCAUCUCAUUGAAACGUUUUUUGAGCAUUUCAAUAGCCCUGUACACUUUAAAACGUUUCCUUUUUUUAAUUAAGAGAACACUUAUUUGUGCAAAAAGUAUAUAUUGGGGACUCCCGCCCCCCCCCCCCCUAUACCACAAACCUGAACUGAUCAUGGUGAGAGGGCAUCUGCUACGUAGUUAUCUGAGAGAACUGUACUGGUUAGUUGGUAGAUGAUUGCUCAAGUCAUUCAGAAUGCUCCUCGGUCUCGUAAGAUCUGAAAAUCCAAGCAGCUUUGAGCCUGGAUAGCGCUUUGGAAAUG